AUGCAUAUAGCUAAUUACAGGAUGGCUUACCAACGCAUUGCAUUUCAUUGGAUUGCUUUAGGGUCAAAUGGUCCUGUCUUAACUGCUACCGCUGCGUGCAGUGUCCGGACCUCACACCUCGCAGCCAGAAGAGACGAGAAAGACUUUGCUGCUUCUUCACGCUCUCCAUCUCUUCGGAUCCCAUCGACCCUCGCUAAUACCCUUUCCCAUCCCGUUAUUCCCUUCGGCCCGUCGAACCCAGAAGACCUCAUCGGUUUGCGAAGCCGACCAACGAACGAUCUCUGCUUCUCCUUCCAUCCUCUUCGGCCUCAUUGA